GCCUUGGGGAACAACACCGCUGCGCCCCAGAUGGGCGCUGCCGCCACACAGCUCGCCCAGAACACCACAUCCGUCCACUCGACACCACCACCGCCGCCAUUCACCACACUCUGCACAACCUCCCGCAAACUCAUCUUUGCUGCUUGUCGUGUGGUGCGUUUGUUACAUUACAAAGUGAGGAGUCGUCAUCGUUGUUGCUGUCACUCAUCUCUUCAUCCCGUCCCUUCCGCGUCCUCUUUGCGCGUGAGCAUGCGGGUGGUGGCUGCGACGGCAGCCACGUUUGAGGGCCGGCCUGCGGUGUUGCAGCGGCUUGUGGACAUCAUCAACGAGGCGUACAUGUAUGGGGAAGGCGACAUCUUCCGAGAGGGCUUCCAGCGCACCUCGCCCGCCGAUGUGGAGGGCUUUGCGAAGCGACAACAGCUCUUGGUUGUCGUGGAGGACACGGCCACUGAUGACAAGACCGCGCAGGCUGCAACAACGACAGCAGCAGCGGAAGAAGAAGGACAACAGCAGCAGCAGCAGCAAGCACGACCGGCGCUGCGUGUGGAGCUUGACAGUGCAGAGCAUCCGCUGGACUGGCCAUCCAUCGUCACAGAGGCGUCCCUCAUUGGCUGCAUGAAGCUGGUGGUGCACGACGCUAAGCAAGCACGGCACGGGCAAGGGCGACAAGCAGAGGCAGGAGAUGCAGCACAGACCAGCGAGGCUGCGAGAGACAGUGCUGGUGGCGAGGAGGCCGUGCCGAGCGCACAUGAGAUGGUCAAGCGAGGUGAGGUGGGCAUGUUUGCGGUGCGUCGUGAUCUCCGCUCCAAAGGCAUUGGCAAGCGCUUGUUCGAUGCAGCCGAGGCGCGAGCGCAAGAGCUCAACUGCGACGUGUGCGAGCUGCAGCUGCUGUACCCCCGCGACCGACCCCACGCCAACAAGGAUCGCCUGCGCAAGUGGUACACCCGGCGGGGAUAUCGCGUCGUUGCCUCCAGCGACUUCUGCGCCAUGCUUCCACACAUUGCCGCCCUGAUCAAUGGCCCCGUCUGCUUUGAUAUCUAUCACAAGCCCCUGCCACCACCACCACCAGCAUGAGCCCGAGUGCUCCCGACUCUGCUUCUGUCGUAGCCUUUAGCGCAACCUCCAUACACACAAGGUGCCGA